AUGCGCGCGCUGUGGACGUUAUCAGCAUUGGCUCUCUCAGCCGAAGCUAUCAAAUCAACUGGAUGUCCUCUCUUGGGACCGGCAUUCCCAGCCCCUACCGCUCUGUCUGAAAAUCCUAUCUUUCUCAGCAAAGCCCAAGAAUUGACCUCAAACCUCAAUGAAGCCAUUGACAAUGGAACUCUACCUUCGAUAUCGUUCGCAGUGCAGGUCUUCAGCAGCGAAGAGGACGAUUUGGCAUUCGGUUUCUACCACACAGAUGAUCCAGUUAAAGUUGGAUCUGUGGGGGUUCAAGAGGUAGAUGAGGAUACCAUAUUCCGCAUUGGCAGCAUAUCAAAGCUGUGGACUAUGUUUCUCCUCAUGACAUUUGAAGGAACGCGGUACUUCCACGAGCCCGUUUCGAAAUACGUGCCUGAGCUGCGAACAAAUUACAGCUCGGCACAAAGAAAGGAUAAAAUUAAUUAUUUGCAAUGGAGCGAUGUGACAAUCGGCGAACUGGCUAGCCAUCAAGCAGGCCUUGCAAGAGAUUAUGCAUUUGGAGACUUUGGAUUUCAGUCAGACCUUGUCCAAAGUAUGGGUUUCCCUUCACUUCAAAAAAACGAGAAGUUGACUUGUGGGAGUGAGCAUGCAUGCAACAGGAAAGACCCCUUGACUCCGACCUCACAGACCCCGAUAUACUCGAAUUCAGGAUAUCAAAUUCUGGGCUACGUACUGGAAUCAAUCGCGAAAGCCGACUAUGAGGACAUAUUGAUAGAUCGUCUUAUCAAGCCACUCAACUUGACUCGAUCCUGCCUUCGAGGCCCAGACCCCAGCUUGGCGGUGAUUCCCCACAAUGAGAGUCUUAGUUGGUUUGAUUAUGACCUUGGCGAUGAAGCUCCCGCUGGAAGCAUCUUCUCUUCUGCAAAGGACAUGGCUACAUUCGGCCGUGCUGUUCUUUCCAGUACUCUUGUCGACCCUGCCGUGACGAGGCGGUGGCUGAAGCCGAUAGCGCACACAUCAUCCCUGCAACAUUCCGUGGGCGCCCCCUGGGAGAUUUAUUCAUUUUUGACACCUCGUCGGGUCGACCUGUAUACCAAGGCCGGGGAUAUCGGACUAUACUCCAGUUCUAUUGCUCUUUCACCAGAUCACAAUGCCGGUUUCACAGUUUUAGUUGCCGGUAAUAACUCCCACGCGAUGACAUCGGCAAUCGGGGAGAUGGUAGCCGAUGUUAUGCUUCCCGCGCUUGAUGAAGUCGCAAGAAACCAAGCCCUUGAACGCUUUGGAGGUACAUAUGCCUUGGUGAGCGGCUCCUCCAAUUUCUCAAUCACCAUCACGGCCGAUGAUGGGGCUGGCUUGGUAGUCUCAGAAUGGACCAGCGACUCGGUCGACAUGAUCAAAAGUUUGAUGGGGUUGCAAGGAGUGACAGAUCGCUCUAAGAUAAGCAUUCGUCUACAGCCCAGCGGUCUUGAAACCCCAGGGAGGAUCUCCUUCUUGGCUGUUAUCUAUAGUCUUGAUGUCUCGGAAGAAGCCGGGCCCCUUGUCGGAUCUUGUCUUUCGUGGAUAUUACUCGGUUCCAUGGUGUAUGGAAACGUGGGUCUCCCAGAGUUUGAGUUCGCACUGGAUCAUGAUGGGGAUGCGACAAGCUUAUCCCCUCGGGCGUUGCGUGUGACUCUUCCUAGAGUUUAA